ACCGAAUCCUUUGUUACCUACUCUUGAACGGAUGAACAUCAAAUCUGGAGAGAGUGAUAGCCUAAUCCUAAGCACGAACCCAUAGCCGUUGUGUUGAAGAAGAAGGAAUGCAAUCGUCUUCACUGAUGCUUCGACGCUUUUGCUGUUUCAAUGCAACCUUUUCUUCUUCUGCUCUCAACCCUUCCUCUAAGAAAAAGCAACUCGUCUUCUUGGGUUCCCCUCAAGUAUCUGCAUCUGUUCUUGAUGCUCUUUUCAAUGCAUCUUCAUCUCCGGGCUCUUUAUUUGAGGUCGCAGCAAUUGUUACUCAGCCGCCUUCUGGAAGAGAUAGGGGAAGAAAAGUGAUGCCUUCUCCAGUUGCACAGCAUGCUCUUGAUAGAAGCUUCCCUGCCGAUUUGAUUUUUACGCCUGAGCGAGCUGGUGAGGAAACAUUCUUGUCCAGUUUAAGAACUUUGCAGCCAGAACUUUGCAUUACAGCAGCUUAUGGGAAUAUAUUACCAAGCAAGUUUCUCAAUAUUCCGCCACUGGGGACAGUCAAUAUACACCCAAGCCUGCUGCCUCUAUACCGUGGUGCUGCUCCUGUUCAAAGAGCUUUGCAGGAUGGUGUAAAAGAAACAGGAGUAUCGUUAGCAUUCACCGUACGCCCGCUGGAUGCUGGACCUAUCAUUGCCUGUGAAAGAAUGGAAGUUGAUGAUCAGAUUAAGGCACCGGAAUUACUUGCAUUGCUGUUUUCUGAGGGAUCUAAACUUCUGAUACAUGAGCUUCCCUCUAUAUUUGAUGGAUCAGCAAGGGCAAAAGCACAAGCCCAAGAUGACUCUAAAGCUACUUUGGCUCCAAAGAUUAGUCCUGAGGAGUCGUGGCUAUCCUUUGAUCAAGAAGCUUUAGUCCUACAUAAUAAGGUUCGGGCAUUUGCAGGGUGGCCUGGUACCCGUGCUAGAGUUGAAGCUAUUGACAACAAAAGUGGUCAACGGAGUAUUCUAGAGCUUAAGAUUAUCACUACAAGAGUUUGCAGCACUGAAAAUAUUCAGCGUAAUGAAGUAGAUGUUGUGGAUUUUGUUAAAGGUGCAUUGGUAUUCCCAUGUGGUGGGUGCACAACGCUCGAGGUACUGGAAGUUCAGCUUCCUGGUAAGAAAGUGGUAAGUGCAGCUUCAUUUUGGAAUGGUUUGCGAGGUCAAAAGCUGAAGAAGUUACAAUGAAGGAGGCAUUUUGUUUAGACGGCAAAGUAAGAUUUAUACUUUGAAGAGAAGGAAAGCUUUGGCUGGGAGAGAGGAUUCUGAAUUUGCUCUGGUUUGAAGGCAUGGAGUUUGAUAUGGUCAGCUAAUUCCACAGCCCAUUGCAUCUUUAUUUGAGGGAUUAGAACUGUAUUCUGAUGAGCCACACUUGAGAGAUCAGAAGUGAAAAUUUUGGCAAUGCUUAUAUGGCAGUUUAGUUUAUAUUUAUUUUCUUUAUACGGCAGAAGCUUUUCUGAUUGCUCGUAUGCAGUAAAUUUUCAAAAUGUUCAUUUUUGUGGUGUAUUAUUAGUUAUAUAUGCAAGAAAGCUUUUCUUUAA